AUGUUGAAGGGGUUACUCUCUUGUAGAGAGGCACUUGAAACUACUAUUGUUUUCAAGGCAUGUAGAGAGUGGUUGAAGAGACAAGAUGCAGAUACAAGAGCUAUGGGUGAAUUGAUAACAAGAACUAUUCAAGAUCCACAUUUUUGGAGUGAAGCUCAAGAAAUUGUAAGUUUCACCAAACCACUUUACAAAUUACUGAAGUUCUGUGAUGGUGAUGGUCCUAAGAUGGGGGAAAUAUAUGAGAGAAUGGAUAACAUGAUUGGUGAAAUAAAAGAUAUUAUGAGGGAUAGCAAAUAUGUCUCUGAGUUUGCUAAAGUAGAAACAGUAUUGGUAACAAGGUGGGAUAAGAUGACCAUUCCUCUCCAUUGUUUAGGUUUUGCUCUUUCACCUCGUUUUUAUGACAAGAUUUACUUAGAAUCUCCUACUCCUGGGGGGUAUACUAGAAGGGCUCCUAAUCUUGAUAAAGAGGUGGUUAUGGGUUGUAUGGAAGCAUUUGGGAAAAUAACUGAAGACAAAUAUGAAGAAAAAAAGUUACGUGAUCAAUUUACUGAAUUUCAGUUGAAGAAAGGGAUAUACUCACUGCCACAAGCCCAAAUGGAUGCUGUCACCAUGGAAGCUAUUGAUUGGUGGUCUAUGUAUGGAUCACAAACUCCCAAAUUGGCAGAGGUGGCUAAGAAGGUGUUAGCUCAACCCAUUAGUAGCUCUUCGGCAGAGAGGGCUUGGAGUACAUUCGGGUUUGUUCAUAGCUUGAAAAGAAACAGAUUAAAUUGUUCAACGGCAGAUAAGUUAGUUUACAUCCAUUCUAAUCUUCGUCUUUUGUCUAGGUUCUCUGAAAGUUACAAGCAAGGUCCCUCUAGAAAAUGGGAUAUUGAUCCUGAAAAUUCUUGUCUUGAAGACUCACCUGCUGAAUUAGAAGACAUGAGAUGGACUGGAUUGGAUUCAAAUGUUGAAGAUGAAGAGGAUCUCACGAUAAUAGAUAACCCAUAUAAAAGAAUAAAGGUGGAAGCAAGUGAAAUAAAAAGUCAGAAGGCAAAGGGGAAGGGGAAGAAACAGAUGCAGUAG